GGAGCACUUGGAGCACUGGGAGCUGCCAGGAGGAACUGGGAGUCUCGGGAGGAACUGAGAGUCACGGGGGCCACUGGGAGACACUAGGGCUACUGGGAGUCAUACGGACGACUGGGAGGUGCCCCCAGAGCCAUGAGGACCCUCCUGCUGCUGUGGGUGGCCCUGGCCAGCGCGGGGGCCCAGCUGCCCUGUCCCCAGGGGGGACCCUGCCCCAUCACCCCGGCCCUGCCUGCCCGCAGUGCAAUGGGGUGCCAGGACCGCUCAUCCUGCCCCGCCAACUGCCAGCUGCCAGAGAGUGUCCCCUGUGCCGGGGGCCACCGCUGCUGUCCCCGAGGGUCCCGCUGCAGCACUGAUGGGGAGUCCUGUGUCACAGACCCAGCCCCCCGUGCUGUCCCCUGUCCUGACGGCCAGUCCGAGUGUCCCGAUGAUGCCACGUGCUGUGUGACGGGCAGCGGCGCCUGGGGGUGCUGCCCCAUGCCCCAGGCCUCGUGCUGUGCUGACAAGGUGCACUGCUGUCCCCACGCCACCAUCUGCGACCUGGCCCGCGGGCGCUGUGUGUCCCCUGCCGGUGACACCGACAUCCCCUUGGGCACAGCCUUCCCCGCCUGGAAGCGCCUGCCCCCUGCCCCAGUGGCGCUGCGCCAGGUGCUGUGUCCCGAUGGCCGCUCGGCGUGUCCCGAUGGGGCCACCUGCUGCCAGCUGUCCCCAGGGCAGUACGGCUGCUGUCCCCUGCAGAACGCCGUGUGCUGCAGUGACGGGCAGCACUGCUGUCCCCAGGGCACCACCUGUGACCUGAUCCACUCCACCUGCACCUCCCUGGGGGGCUCUGCCUCCCCAGCAGCUCUGCCCACAGCUGGUGAGGUCAAGUGUGACGAGGAGACGAGCUGUCCCGAUGGGAACACGUGCUGCAGGCUCAGCUCAGGGGCCUGGGGGUGCUGCCCCCUCGAGCAGGCCGUCUGCUGCCCCGACCACGUGCACUGCUGCCCCCAGGGCUACACCUGCGACCCCGAGGGGGGCAGCUGCCUGCAGGGGGGUGGCACCCGCCGGCCCUGGCUGCGCAAGACCCCGGCACUGCCCCGGGGGGGACAGGUGACACAGGUGACAUCGGGGAAUGUCAAAUGUGAUGAGGAGACGAGCUGUCCUGACGGGAGCACCUGCUGCCAGCUGAGCCUGGGCACCUGGGGGUGCUGCCCUCUUGAGCAGGCCGUUUGCUGCGGGGACCACAAGCACUGCUGUCCCCGGGGCUACACCUGCAACGUGGCCACCGAGAGCUGUGAGAAGCUGCUGGCACCCACCCCGCUCCUGCCAACCCCCUCAGCCCCCCGCCAGGCUCCCUCAGCCCCCCGCCGGGCACCCCCCGCCCCACUGCAAGCCGCUGGCAUCCACCCGGGUGGCCUCGUGCCCUGCGGUGCCACUGGCUCCUGCCACGUAGGCCAGCGGUGCUGCCAGGCCCGGGGAGGCUCCUGGGGGUGCUGUCCCUUUGCCCAGGGCUCCUGCUGCUCCGAUGGCCGCCACUGCUGCCCCGCGGGGUCCCGCUGCACCGGGGGGGGCUGGGGGUGCAGUCCCCAGCGCUGGGACCUGCUCUGAUGGCACUGGGGACACCCCCACCACCACCACGCCCCGAGUGCCACCACCCCAAUAAACGGUUUCUAGGAGAAA